UUUUAAGACUGUUCGUUAUCCCUGGCCAUAUAAUGAUUUACGUCAACGAUGAGAACAGGCGUAAUUCUUUACCGAUUUUGAUGGACGAGGUCUCUUUUUAAAGACGAAGAUUUAAUCUAAGACACCACUUCUUCGAAUUUUUGAAAAAUCUUUAUUCUCUUUGAACAAAAAUUGUGUUAAAAUAUUGUGCUCUUUCGAGAAUAGUUUAUGUAUCAAAAUAAAGCUUUUCCAAAAAUUCGACAAAGCUGUGUCCUUCGUCUUUAAAACCAGAUCUUGUUCAUUAAAAUGGCUGCUUAUCUCGGUUAUAUUUUUAAUUAAUUAAAAAUAAUUAAACCUAAUAAGCUUAUACAUACGAUAGAUGGCGACGGCAAUGUUUCCCGCUCGCGUUUGUAGUUCGUAUUUUGUCCAUACCUGUCGCUCGAGUCACGUUCGAGGGAGAGAUUACGAACGAUUUUAAUAUCGAAUUUAUCCGUAUUCCAAUAGAAAGUAAAAAAUGUUUUAGAAAAUAAGAGAAAUAAAUAACUCUGACGCAAGUAGAUAUGGAGUAUAAAACGAUGAUCUCGAGAAGUAAAGGUGAAAUUUUGAAAAAAAAGGAAUGGCCGGGUAUUCGGACGUAUGAAAAUACUGUAACACGUAUCGAACCAAAUUUGCUUAUCAUAGAAAUAGGGCGAUUGAUACCGUUUAUGAAGGGGGAAAAUAUUAAAUUUUUUCCUUUAAAUAUGCCAUCUAUUGAAAUAGGAUUUAUACAUAUAAUUGGUAUUAUUCUAGAAGUUUCUUAUUUUGGAAAUUAUUGCGAAUUACAAGUCGACGACGGUACAGGACUAUUGAAUGUUAUGUAUAAUACAAAACGUCAUUUUUUGGGAAAAAGGAAAUACAUUGAAAUGCAGAAUUCAAAUAAUGAUAAAAAAAGUACGAGUAUUCAGAAAAUUGAAGAUUUACAACCUGGUAAACACGUGUACCUGCAAGGAUUCUUAUCGUUGAAUAAUUAUAAAAAUACUAACUUUAAGAAUAAAAGUCCUUCAGAAAAUUUUUGGUGUAGUCAACCGCUGUUAUUCGCUGUUAAGUUAGAAUUGAUUAGCGAAAAGGAAUAUUACAAAAAAAUGUACGCUUGGUUCGGAAGUGCAGAAAGCAGAUAUACUUGAAUGAUAUUGAUCUUAACUAACCUCUAUAACACUCAAUAUAUGUUAAAUUACAUGUAAUAUUUUAUAUUAUUUUGUAUAUUGUAUAAAACAUUAUAUCUUGAA